GUUCAGCUUACUCAAAUGUUCCCCUUUCAUUUCCUGACAAUACUAGCACUUCAUGGCAACCCAGAAAUGUCCCUAGCCAGGUCCUUCUCUCUCCACCAUGCAGUCUAGCUGCACGCUAGCCUCUCCCUUGCUCUCAUACUCAUGAUCUUCCUUCAUGUCUAUUUUUAGUUUUCCUGGCUCAAGCUUCUUCAGGCCACUGAAACACAAUCCUCACUCUCUUUCUCUCCCUCUGAUAGGAGGCCCCCAGGUAAAAAUUGCUGGAGAAAUCUUUCAGAACUCCUUCCUCAGGAAAACCUACAGCUUUGGCAUCACGGCUCAGUUUUUAAGAUGGACAUAAGCUGGACGACCUUCUGAUGGGCUUUAAACUUUGAAUUGGAUGUGGACAUUUUUCUCUCAGAUGACAGAACCACUCCAACUUCCCCUUUGCAGUUGCUUCCUUUCAUUGAAGGUAGCUGUCUCUUGUUUUCUUUAAAAACAUUUUCCUUCCAAAUUUGUCUACCAUGCCAACUGUCAUUAGCGCAUCUGUGGCCUCGCGGACAGGGGCUGAGCCCAUGUCCCCAGGGCCGGUUGCCCAACCAGCCCAGGGCAAGACCACCGAGUCAGGGGGCGGAAAUCCAAGUGGCAUCUAUUCAGCCAUCAUCAGCCGCAAUUUUCCUAUCAUCGGAGUGAAAGAGAAGACAUUUGAGAAGCUUCGCAAGAAAUGUCUAGAAAAGAACGUUCUUUAUGUGGAUCCUGAGUUCCCGCCGGAUGAGACUUCUCUCUUUUAUAGCCAGAAGUUCCCCAUCCAGUUCGUCUGGAAGAGACCCCCGGAAAUUUGCAAGAAUCCCCGAUUUAUUAUUGGUGGAGCCAACAGAACCGACAUCUGUCAAGGAGAUCUAGGGGACUGCUGGUUUCUCGCGGCCAUUGCUUGCCUGACCCUGAACGAGCGCCUGCUUUUCCGAGUCAUACCCCACGAUCAGAGUUUCACGGAAAACUACGCUGGGAUCUUCCACUUCCAGUUCUGGCGCUAUGGAGACUGGGUGGACGUGGUUAUUGAUGACUGCCUGCCAACUUACAACAAUCAACUGGUUUUCACCAAAUCCAACCACCGCAAUGAGUUCUGGAGUGCUCUGCUGGAGAAGGCUUAUGCUAAGCUCCACGGUUCCUAUGAAGCCCUGAAAGGUGGGAACACUACAGAGGCCAUGGAGGACUUCACAGGAGGGGUGACAGAGUUCUUUGAGAUCAAGGAAGCUCCCAGUGACAUGUACAAGAUCAUGAAGAAAGCCAUCGAGAGAGGCUCCCUCAUGGGCUGCUCCAUUGAUGAUGGCACAAACAUGACCUAUGGAACCUCUCCUUCUGGGCUGAAAAUGGGGGAUUUGAUUGAACGGAUGGUGAGGAAUAUGGAUAACUCACGGCUCAGGGACUCAGACCUCAUCCCCAGAGACUCAGAUGACAGACCAAGCCGGACAAUUGUUCCGGUUCAGUAUGAGACAAGAAUGCCCUGUGGGCUAGUCAGAGGCCAUGCCUACUCGGUCACUGGGCUGGAGGAGGCCUGGUUCAAGAAUGAGAAAGUGAAGCUGGUGCGGCUGCGGAACCCCUGGGGCCAGGUGGAGUGGAAUGGCUCCUGGAGUGAUAGUUGGAAGGACUGGAGCUUUGUGGACAAAGAAGAGAAGGCCCGUCUGCAGCACCAGGUCACUGAGGACGGAGAGUUCUGGAUGUCAUAUGACGAUUUCAUCUACCAUUUCACAAAGCUAGAGAUCUGCAACCUCACAGCCGACGCCCUGGAGUCUGACAAGCUUCAGACCUGGACCGUGUCCGUGAACGAGGGCCGCUGGGUGAGGGGCUGCUCUGCCGGAGGCUGCCGCAACUUCCCAGACACUUUCUGGACCAACCCGCAGUACCGUCUGAAGCUCCUGGAGGAGGACGAUGACCCCGACGACUCGGAGGUGAUCUGUAGCUUCCUGGUGGCCCUGAUGCAGAAGAACCGGCGGAAGAACCGGAAACUGGGGGCCAACCUCUUCACCAUCGGCUUCGCCAUCUACGAGGUUCCCAAAGAGAUGCACGGGAACAGGCAGCACCUGCAGAAGGACUUCUUCCUGUACAAUGCCUCCAAGGCCAGGAGCAAGACCUACAUCAACAUGCGGGAGGUGUCCCAGCGCUUCCGCCUGCCUCCCAGCGAGUACGUCAUCGUCCCCUCCACCUAUGAGCCCCACCAGGAGGGAGAAUUCAUCCUCCGGGUCUUCUCGGAAAAGAGGAACCUCUCUGAGGAAGUUGAAAACACAAUCUCCGUGGAUCGGCCAGUGAAAAAGAAAAAAAACAAGCCCAUCAUCUUCGUUUCGGACAGAGCAAACAGCAACAAGGAACUGGGUGUGGACCAGGAAUCAGAGGAGGGCAACUCAAGCCCUGAUAAGCAAGAGAAAUCCCCACAGCCACAGCCUGGCAACACUGAUCAGGAAAGUGAGGAACAGCAGCAAUUUCAGAACAUUUUCAGGCAGAUAGCGGGUGACGACAUGGAGAUCAGUGCAGAUGAGCUCAAGAAUAUCCUUAACACAGUUGUGAACAGACAUAAGGACCUGAAGACACAAGGGUUCACGCUGGAGUCCUGCCGUAGCAUGAUUGCUCUCAUGGAUACAGAUGGCUCUGGGAGGCUGAACCUGCAAGAGUUCCAUCACCUCUGGAAGAAGAUUAAGGACUGGCAGAAAAUUUUCAAACACUACGACACAGACCAAUCUGGUACCAUCAACAGCUAUGAGAUGCGGAAUGCAGUCAAUGACGCAGGAUUCCACCUCAACAGACAGCUGUACGACAUCAUUACCAUGCGGUAUGCAGACAAACACAUGAACAUUGACUUCGACAGUUUCAUCUGCUGCUUUGUCAGGCUGGAGGGCAUGUUCAGAGCUUUUAAAGCAUUUGACAAGGAUGGAGACGGUAUCAUCAAACUCAAUGUUCUAGAGUGGCUGCAGCUCACCAUGUAUGCCUGAACCAAGCUGGCCUCAUCCAAGGCCAUGCACAUCAUUCAGGAUUUCAAUUUCACCCAACACAGCUAGAGCCACUUACCUCCAAGAAUGCCGUAACCGCACCCCUAGCAGGCCUCCGGGCGCCUGGCAGUCUUGUUCCUCCUCCACUUCACUCCCCACUUGGCCUCAGGGCAUCAGUCCAUCUGUAAUGCCCAGACUGACCCUCUAGCUAAGGAACGAGGAAGGGGGAACAACUCUGUCCCUUUGCCACAUGGAGGCAAGUGUCUCUGUCUGCCUCAGCUAGUUGUAGCCCAGCUGAGAGCUUUGCUUGGAAUCUGAGCGACCUUGGCUCUGAAGCAAAUGCUCUCCUUAGCUUGCCCGAGGCUGUUCGCAGAAGCAUUUGGCAAUGGCACUCAGCACUUCCUCACGCUACAGCCCUCUAUCACCUUAUGUUCUCCCACUCAUGGGACAGUAACUAAACUAGCACCUGAUUCUGCCUGAUUGUUUCAGAAUGGGCCUGCUCCAGGGUAAACUAGCUCAGUGGAAGAAGGCUGGAUACUUUGAGUUGUCUGACUCAUAAGUUUGGCUGCAUUCUGAAAAAAGCUGAUCUAAAUAAAGGCACAUGUAAGGCUGAUU